AUGUCAGCGGACAUUGAAAGAUUAGUAGCGAAAUGUUCAACUUUCCUGAAGCACCAAAGAAGCAAUCAGAAAGAGCCACUAAAGCCACACACAGUGCCUGCCAGAGCAUGGCAAAAAUUGGGAACAGACAUUUUUGAAUAUAAGUCCAAGUCCUACUUGGUAAUUGUAGACUAUUACUCGAAAUUUCCAGAAAUUUCUUUCCUUAAAGACAAAUCAAGUCAAGCUGUCAUUACCAGUAUGAAAUCAGUAUUUGCCCGAUACGGCAUCCAGGAUGAAGUUGUCGCAGAUAAUAUGCCCUUUUCAAGUAAGGAAUGUUUACAAUUUGCACAAGAAUGGGGAUUCAAAAUUUCAACGUCCAGUCCUCAUUACCCCCAGUCAAAUGGCAUGAGUGAGCGUACAAUUCAAACCAUCAAGAAUCUCCUGCGUAAAGCUGAUGAUGAAGGAAACGUUCCCUACAUCGCCCUUCUGGAGUACAGGAAUACUCCAAUCACAGGAAUGCAAGAAUCGCCAGCUCAGUUCAAGAAAAUGUUCGUGAAAAACUUGAGCGACGUGCCGAGAAGCAAAAAGAGUACUUCGACAGAAAUGCAAAGCCAUUGCGACCUGUAAAGAUGUACCAGUCUGCCCGAAUUCGAAGAGGAAAGGUGUGGGAGCCAGAAGUUAUAACAGGUACGCAUAAAGCACCUAGAUCCUUCAUAGUAACCACACCACAAGGUGGAGUGUAUCGUCGUAAUCGCAGACAUUUAUUACCCACUAGUGAGCCUCCACCUAACAAUUUAGGACCAGACUACGAUGAAGAAAUUGUUAUGCCUGAGCCUAGACCAAAUAACGUUGUUGACCCACAACCUGUAAGGCGCACCAGCAACCGCGCAAUUAGACUGCCUGAGCGACUCAGGAAUAACUAUGUUAUGGAAUGA